UAAAUCUUCUUACAGUGCAGAGGGAGGGUGCACACUGAGUUUGUGUUGUGUAAUUGUGAGAGAGAGAGGGAGGGGAAUUACUGAGCUGCACACUCUCACUGCUUGCUGGGGAUUUUGAUGUUGUUGCAAGCAAUGAGCUCAGAUGAUGAGUCAGACCAUGCAGUCAUUCUACUCUGCACCCAAUUACUGCCAUUGCAAAGUGAGAGCUGGGGGAAUACUGCUGCGUUUUAGCAGGACUCUAUAUUCCGAGGGUUGGGGUGGACCCUUUGCACUGGUACCAAGCACAGGGUGGACCGGUUGUUGCAAGAGAAGAGCAAUCAAGCCUUAGUUCUGCAAUCGCUGGGUACCUGCAACACAAGCCAUUUUUAUUUUGCACUUCCCCAUUUAGAGACGAAGAGGCAACACUGGAUAUGUCCUGUACAACCGAGGGUCUGUUUGCUGGAACCUGAUUCCCUUAGUCAAGAGUUCUAAAAACCCAAAGGGACCUCUUAGAAAGCCUUGCUGAUUUCUGAGUGACUUUAAAGAAUAUCUCCUACAACUUGAGUUUUUGUAAUUUGGAUAUUAUUUAAUCAGGAUUUACCAUAUUUGAGGUCUUCUCCCUUUUUGGAGCGGAGGAAUCUUCAAAUUUGCAUGUGUCUCAAUUAUCAUGAAUCUGCAGCCUCAGCAGAAGGCUUCAAAUAAAAGGACCGGGAAGCGGAUUACGUUUUUUAACGAACAGCAAGGCCUCUCGGUGUCUAAUAAAGAGGCACAGAUUAAAGACCAGCAGUUUUAUGGGACUGUGACCAGACUGCCCAACUCUCAGGCUUCAGAUUACAACAAAUCGGACUGUUAUACUACAUCGGCACAAAACAAUAUGCUGAAUACAGUAAUGUACACCCAGGAGAGACCGGAUGCUAUUCGGAUUAACCAGCAGUCUGUUCCCGGAAAGUGGAAUGUCCCAGAAAGGAGCGACGCUGCCUGGCAGGCUCCACCACAGGGAUUAUGGUCAAGGAACGCUGCGGGUUAUGGCGUUCCAAUGGUAAACGCGUUUUACAACCAGCAGGAGCAAAUCAAGAGAAGUCAGGACAAGGCAGUUGGGGUCUCGCAAAUAGAAAUGUACGAGGGUGCACUUCAACAAAUGAGAUCUCAGAAGGCUCAGCUGGAACAGCAUGCGUUUGCUCGACAACAGGCUCAUUUAAAUUCUAUUUUGCAAGCGCAGCAGCAGCAACAACAACAACAACAACAACAACAGCACCUGCAGCAGCAACAACAGCAGCAACAAAGUCAGCAUUUAUCUUUGCAGCCCUUUCAAAUGGCAUUUGGUCACCAGGGCCAGAAGCCGGCUCUUUCGGAGCUGUUCCACGUUUUCCCAGAUGCGGCGUCCAACGCGGCGUACGCCGCCCAACAAAAAACCACAGCGCUACCUCAGAUGCAGCUAUUUGAAAACUUCUAUCCAAGUCAGCAACAGCAGCAGGCGACGUACAGCAUGCAACAGGCCGUCUCCAUGGCCCAGUCUCAUGCUGCAGCACAGCAGAAAAUGCACGCGAUAAGUCAACAGCAGCACUCUACUGCGUCGGAGGAAUACAUGAAAGCUGUCGCAGAGCAGAACCAGCAAUGUGUGCCUCCCAAAACUCAGAUCCCUUUACCGAGGAGGUCACGUAGACUUUCCAAAGAGGGGCUUCCUCCUCUGCCGCCUCCUGGGAUUGCCCAGGGGAACCAUCCUUACAGCCAACUUUCAUAUGAGCAGACAAUGCAACAACAGGCGGAAGCCCACGAGCGCUACAAAAAGGGGUUACAACAGCAUGCACACAGGGAUCCCCAGAUACCCCAUCAAGACACCCAGUAUGGUAAUCCCCCUGAGCAAGACAAGGCCCCCCUGCCUCAGAAUGGCAGAGCAAAGGAGAUGCAGCCGGGGUCUGAGCAGAGCAUGGUUCAGCAGGUCGGUGUUGGUUGUGUCACAGGAGGAGUAAUACAAACCGUACGAAGAAGGCGUCGAAUAUCCCAGGAAGCCAAUCUAUUUACUUUGGCACAGAAGGCAGCGGAGAUGCCGUCUUUAGAAAACACUAAGGAAGGAGACGCCGGAGAGAAGAGGAAGAAAUCUCCAUCCAAGAGCAACGAAGAAUUCCUGGGAUCUUUGUCCACUAAGAAGGCCAGAGGAGACACUUACAAGCCAUUGAUCAUUCCUGUCUCGGUACCAGUGAAAAUGGACACUGGUAGGGGAAAGUGGGACGAAGAUAGGAUGCAGGGGACGGCAGCCUCUGGGAGGGACAUUUCACUUUCUAAACCCUCGGUGAUAGUCACGCGGCACAGAGCUGGCCAUACAAAUCUCUCUGAGUCUAUAUUACAGGGUCAUGAAAGCUCUCCGGCAUCUGAAGGGGAGGUAUCUACCAAGAAACCCAAGCAACGUCCUCGACCAGAACCAUUGUUUAUCCCACCUCCGAAGCCUGGCACCUUCGUUGUGCCCGUUGCAUACUCCAACAUUACCCCAUACCAGAGUCACCUCCGCUCUCCGGUGCGUGUCCCCGACCACAUUGGGGACCGCAAUUUUGAGCUGCCACCUUACACGCCUCCUCCCAUUCUUAGCCCGGUACGUGAGGGCUCUGGACUUUACUUCAAUGCCAUCAUGUCUGCCAGCUCUAAUUCAAUGCCCCCGCCGAUCACCCCAAAGAGCUCCACGAGAACCCUGCUGAGAUCCAAUAGUGUGGAUGAAAUGCCGCCUUUGCUCACAGCAAUGGGAGAAGCCACACCAGUUAGCAUUGAACCGCGUAUCAAUAUUGGAUCGCGGUUCCAGGCUGACAUCCCUGAGAUCAGAAGCAGAACUUUAGCGGCUGGUGAUGAGUACAAAGCGGAUUUGGUUUGGUGGCCGUGGCAGGAAUCUGAGGACACCGACGGUAAAGUGGUGGACGAGUUACUUACAGCAGCGUGUUCCAGUAUCUUACCAGGAGGGGGCACCAAUCAGGAGCUGGCACUACAUUACCUUCACGAGUCAAAAGGGAACAUACUGGCUGCCCUUACAAAGCUGCUUCUUAAGAAACCACGGCGGCAUAAAUCCCAUCCUUUGGCGAACUAUCAUUACUCCGGAUCUGAUCGAUGGUCUUCUUCUGAGAAGAGGCUUUUUAACAAAGGGAUGGCCAUCUACAAAAAAGAUUUUCUGCUGGUCCAGAAACUGAUAAAAACAAAGACUGUGGCGCAAUGUGUAGAGUUUUACUAUACCUACAAAAAGCAGGUAAAGAUCGGGCGCAAUGGAAUGUUAAUCUACGGAGACGUAGAGGCUUCCGGAGAUGAGAAAAACCCAAGAGAAGAUUCUGAAGUUGAUAUAAAGAGCUCACAGCGAGUUGCACCUGCUGCCCCUCUUAGAAGAGAGCCUGUGAAAGAGGAAACGGUAGAAGCCCCCAUCAUGGACACAUAUUCACAGGUUACGGUGAAUCAAGUAAAGAUAGAGGUGAAAGAGGAAGAGGAGAAGAAGGUUUCUCCCCCAAUCAAGAUCACACAAACACUGGAAGCCAGUGAAAUAGCAAAAGAUACCUUGAUUCUAAAAGCCCAGGACCCUGACACAAAGAUUUUGGAGAAUGCACCCAAACCUAGAGGAAGGAGGCCACGGAAGAAAUUUCCUCCAGAUGGAACAAAGAAACCAGAAGUAGGAAGUAAGCCUCCGGAGCAAGAAGGCUCUUUUCCUUGCAAAAAAUGUGGCAGGGUGUUCCUCAAAGUGAAGAGUCGUAGUGCCCAUAUGAAGAGUCAUGCCGAACAGGAGAAAAAGGCUGCUGCGCAGAGACAAAAUGAACUGGCGGCAGCGCAGGCUGCUUUACAAGCAAAAUUGCAGCGUGUUCAGAGCAGCGACAGCAGUAGCGAAAGCGGUGACAGUACUAGCAGCAAUGAAUCCUGGAACAGUUCAGACGGAGAGAUAUAAGAGGAGCUCGGAAUUUAUUGGCGGAGUGAGGCUGGACCCUCGCUUUGUAACUUUCUACAUUUUUGGGGGAGGGAGGGGAGCUACAUUUUUACAUUGCUAAACUUUUUUGUGAGCAGAUCAAAUUUCAUGAACGGUUUGAUGGACUUGGGGUUUUUAAAUUAAAGUAUAAGUAUUUAUUGUGAAAAAGAAUGAUCUAUGUAUUUUAGAGAGUAAAAGUUUUUUGUUUUUACUACAGACGUGCCUAUUAAUAUCAUCCAUGCUUAAACCAUGCAGUUAAUGCAUUUUUGUUUCACAUUGUUGACUGUAGAAUGGGGGGGGGA